AUGCAUCUGGUUGGACAGCUGGAGUCAUUGAAUCACAGUCUAGAUGAUGUUGAUCAUCUUGAGUCACAGGAGAUUGACGAUAAAUUGGCGAAAUUAUCGAUGCGACACUCUCUUCUUUUGGAUUUGGCUAAAGGCUUUCAUACUUGUACUAAUGUUGUUAUCUUCUUGAUCCUUGGCUCCAAUACAUUCAUUAUUUGUCUCUCUGAAGUAAUGUUACUCUGGGCAUUCAAUGCAGGUGACAAUCAGACUUCAGUGGACAUGAUAAUUAGAAUAUCUCUGAUGUCCGUCCAAAUAUUUUUGUACAGUUACAUCGGAGAAAAAUUUUCCAUUCAAUCAAGUAAAUUGAAAUUAACCCUUUACAAUUGUCCCUGGUACAAAAUUCCACCGAGAGUCGCAAGAAAUCUACAAUUUAUAAUGAUGCGUAACAAUAUUCCAUUACGACUGACUGCUGAAUAA